AUGUCUUCUCCAGCUCAAGCCAGCGCAGACCCCAUCGGGGACGGGCUGGACGGAGGGCCUGGUCGAUAUGCUGCAUACUUGAUGCGCUUGCGUACGCUCAUCACCGCUAGCUCGCGAUACAUUGCAUACUCGUCUGAUGUUGGCGAAGCCUUCCGUCCACUCACAUCGCCCAACGUUGUGCGAGCGGCCUAUGGCAUCUCAUGGGCAUACCUCGCCUUGGAUGUCGGCUACGCGGGCUACAAGGCCCAUCUGGCGCAUCAUGAGGCUGUAUCUCCGCUUGAGUCGAUCAAUAAUUCCCUGUUGAAAGCUAGGAAUGACAUCGACAAGCUGUCCCCAGCUGAAAAGGUCGAGCUGAAGAAGCGUCAAUUCGACAUCUCGAACGAUGCAACCCUCUCACCUCACCAUUCGGAGAUCACGAAUAUAGGGCUGGUCGUCGCACGCCGCGCAGUCUUUCAAAGCAUCGCGUCAAUGGCACUGCCAGCAUUCACAAUCCAUUCGAUCGUCCGCUACUCAGCGCCGCUGUUUGCCAAGAGCUCCAAUGCACGUGUGCGUGCUGCCGGUCCCACGGUCGCGGGACUGGCAUUCGUCCCUGCCUUGCCGUAUCUGUUUGAUAAGCCCGUUGAGCAUGUGGUCGACGCAAUUUUCGACAAGGGCGAAGGUAUUCUUCUCGGCUCGACGAGCGCUGCGCGCAGCGAGGCGGGAAAGAAGGCUGAGCAGAAUGUCCACGACUCGGAAGGGUUGUUGAAGCAGAAAGAGAAGCAAGUGGAAAAGGAGGCAAGAAAACUAAAGGAUCAAGUGGAAGGAGCCUUCUCCUCAUUACGCUCCAAGGCAACUACCAGCGCUGACAGCUCGGAGAAUUCCAACCUGGUCGCCAAAGCCGUGAUUCUCGGCAUCGGCAUCGACCUGCUCUAUCUCCCGCGCCUUCAGACCCUGCUGCACCGCCAAGCGCAGCGCAUGGCGGCCGGCAGCGCCCGACGGCCGCGGAUACUGGCGGGUAUGGGCGGUUUGGAAGGCAGCGAUGCCUCGCUGCGUCGCUUCGUCAUGCCUGCCACGUUGGGUGCAGGAAUGAAGUUAGCGGAGCGCAUUGGCUGCGAGAGGGAGCGGCAGCAGUUUCACAAGCUUUUUGUCGGUGACGCAAAACCCGAAGCGGGGUUCACAAAUGCCAAGGCUAUGCGAUGGCUUGCUUUGAGGUGA